AUAAAGGCCACAGCUUCCUAGACUGUGAAGGAGAUUUGUCAUUUGCUCCAAGUCACGUCUGCAAAAUUUCCCAACCAUGGGGAGUUUGUUCAAACUUUUAGGACUCACGAUCCUUGCAGCCCUGGUCCUGAACGUUGAGGGCAAAAUGCGGAUAAAAAGAGUUGUGGUGAACGUGAACCCACCAGCUGGGCCCCCGGCGCCCCCCUCCACCACCACCGCCCCGCCCGUCACCUGUGGGGGACAGGUGUGCCAGUCAGGUCAAACCUGCGAGCAAUUAUGGCCACCGUGUGCACAACCAGACCCCAGUAACCCCGACCCCCCUCCUUGCCUGCCCAUUGACACCUGCAUGUGGCCUUAAGAUCUCCCGGGCCCACUCUCACCUGGGGAAACGACGGUCGGCUGACCUAAGUAGUACGUCCAUAUGAAAAGAAACGAAGUCAGAAGAAAUAAAGAAACACGUAAGACGUGUCGUCAAAAGAAAAAGAAACUCGUUCUGAGAAAUGACGAUGAUGUGCGGGAUGACGACAUGAGAAAUGGCGUUACCAGAAACAUGUUACCUAAUAUAUUUUAUAUAAAUAUACAAAAAUAUACAUAUAUGUAAUGACAUAUAUUAUAGUUGUGUGUAUGUAUAUAUAAUAUCAUUGUCUUACUCUAAAACUGACGAAAAAAACAAACCUUCUGAAAUUGCAGUCCGUACAUUUCAAAUAAGAUUUUUGUUGUACUACAAUUAUUUGGCUGAGGCUGCCACAAAAAUAAAAGUGAUAUUGCUAAAG